GGACAGCUUGGGUUCAUUUACCCUUGGAUCACUGAGGGUGAACCACUUCAAAACCUGCAAAUAUAUCUGGGGACUGUGAAGCCAACAUGACCAGUGGGUACUGUGUAUUUGUCCUAUUUUCCCUCCUCCGUGUCUCACUGAGUGUGGAAAUGACAGGGUUAUAUGGCAGCUUCACCUCCCCCAACUUCCCCCAGCCAUACCCUGACAACCAGCUCAUAGUGCGGAACAUCUCUGUCCCAGAGGGCCACAGGGUCAAACUCUACUUCAGCCACUUCAGCAUGGAGCCUUCACACCAGUGUGAAUAUGACUACAUCCAGGUUUUGGCGGAGGGAAACGAAACCUUGCGUUUCUGCGGAGAGGAGGAGAAGAACUAUGAAAGCAGCCCGAGGAACACCAUCAUCCUGUCAGCUGGGCGCCAAAUGUCAGUGGUCUUUAGGAGUGACUACUCUAACGAGGGCCGAUUCACGGGCUUCCAAGCGUUUUACACCUCAGAAGAUAUCAAUGAGUGUGUGUCGAAGAUAGAUGGGGAGAAGGUUUGUGAUCAUUUUUGCCACAAUUACAUCGGCGGAUAUUACUGCACAUGCAGACAAGGAUACCUUCUCCAUGACGACAACAGAUCCUGCACAGUGCCAUGCCUCAGCCAGGUGUUGACCUCGCUGUCCGGGGUACUGACCAGUCCGGGUUACCCGAACCCCUAUCACCCCAUGAGUCAGUGUGACCACACCAUAAGUCUGCCAGAGGGCUACAGAAUAAUCCUGGACUUCCUAGAGCCCUUUGACAUAGAGGGACACUCGGAUGUCCCUUGUCCGUACGAUAUGCUGAAGAUUUCAACAGCUGGACAAGAGUAUGGACCCUUUUGUGGAUCAAUGGCACCCGGUCGGUUUGACACAGGAAGUUACCAAGUGCAUGUUGCAUUCAGAUCGGACUCUAGUGGGAAGAACAAGGGAUGGAAAAUCAAGUAUACCAGCAUUAAGACUGAAUCCUGACGGCUUGUUGACAUGAACAUUUUGUGGGACCAUAAAUGCUAUCCAAACAUUUUACACAGUGACUUUUACAUUGUGGCAACUUAAAAUAACUGGUGUGUAGUGUUGAAGCUUUGAUUUUGUGUUCAAGCAUGAAGCAUUAUCUUUAUGAUAAUCACCAAAUAUCAAGGAAUCUCAUUGAUUGGAUGUCAUUUCCACUGUUAUUGGGAAUGUGUUAUUCUUUGUUGGCUGAGAUGCUGUUGUAAUGUCACCUGCACAAUCCUCUUUUAACUACUUUUGAAUUAGCAUUUCAUUGUUUGGUUGCUUGUGGGAAUAAAAGAACACUUAGAAACACA